GCUAGGCUCCGCCCCUUUACGGCACGAUGGUCGCGCAAGAAUGUGAUAGAGCCUCGACGGACGCCAUUUUCUUUCUUUCUUAGCAGUUAGCUGAGAGGCGGACUUCCGCGAGGGAACGGCGGCGGCUGCUGUAGCGUGGGCAUGGCCGACUACUCAACAGUGCCUCCGCCCUCGUCUGGCUCAGCUGGCGGCGGCGGCGGCGGCGGGGUUAACGAUGCUUUCAAAGAUGCCCUGCAGAGAGCCCGGCAGAUUGCAGCAAAAAUUGGAGGUGAUGCUGGUACAUCAUUGAAUUCAAAUGACUAUGGUUAUGGGGGACAAAAGAGACCCUUAGAAGAUGGAGAUGACUCUUGGACAAAUCCGAGCAGUACAACACACUGGGAGGGAAUGCCCUCUCCUUUUAAAGAUCAACCAGAUGCUAAGAAAGUUGCCCCACAGAAUGACUCUUUUGGAGCACAGUUACCUCCAAUGCAUCAGCAGCAAAGCAGAUCUGUAAUGACAGAAGAAUACAAAGUUCCAGAUGGAAUGGUUGGAUUUAUAAUUGGCAGAGGAGGUGAACAGAUCUCACGCAUACAGCAGGAAUCUGGAUGCAAAAUACAGAUAGCUCCUGAUAGUGGUGGCCUUCCAGAAAGGUCUUGUAUGCUAACUGGGACACCUGAAUCUGUCCAAUCAGCAAAAAGAUUACUGGACCAGAUUGUUGAAAAGGGAAGACCAGCCCCUGGCUUUCAUCAUGGCGAUGGACCUGGGAAUGCAGUCCAGGAGAUCAUGAUCCCGGCCAGCAAGGCAGGGCUAGUCAUUGGAAAGGGCGGAGAAACUAUUAAACAGCUUCAGGAACGGGCUGGUGUUAAAAUGGUUAUGAUUCAAGAUGGGCCUCAAAACACUGGUGCUGAUAAACCUCUUAGGAUUACGGGUGACCCGUACAAAGUUCAGCAAGCCAAGGAAAUGGUAUUAGAGUUAAUUCGUGAUCAAGGUGGCUUCAGAGAAGUGCGGAAUGAGUAUGGCUCCAGAAUAGGAGGAAAUGAAGGCAUAGAUGUCCCAAUUCCAAGAUUUGCUGUUGGCAUUGUAAUAGGAAGAAAUGGAGAAAUGAUCAAAAAAAUACAAAAUGAUGCUGGUGUUCGAAUUCAGUUUAAGCCAGAUGAUGGGACAACACCUGAUCGCAUAGCACAGAUAACAGGACCUCCAGACAGAUGUCAGCAUGCUGCAGAAAUUAUCACAGACCUUCUACGAAGUGUUCAGGCUGGUAACCCUGGUGGACCUGGGCCUGGUGGGCGAGGGCGAGGCAGAGGUCAAGGCAACUGGAAUAUGGGACCACCUGGUGGACUGCAAGAAUUUAAUUUCAUUGUGCCAACUGGGAAAACUGGAUUGAUAAUUGGAAAAGGAGGUGAAACCAUUAAAAGCAUAAGCCAGCAAUCCGGUGCAAGAAUAGAACUUCAGAGAAAUCCUCCACCUAAUGCAGAUCCCAAUAUGAAGUUAUUUACAAUUCGGGGCACUCCACAGCAAAUAGACUAUGCUCGGCAACUCAUAGAAGAGAAGAUUGGGGGCCCAGUAAAUCCUUUAGGGCCACCUGUACCCCAUGGGCCACAUGGGGUUCCAGGUCCUCAUGGGCCUCCUGGGCCUCCAGGGCCUGGAACUCCAAUGGGACCAUAUAACCCUGCACCUUACAAUCCAGGACCACCUGGACCAGCUCCUCAUGGUCCCCCAGCCCCAUAUGCUCCCCAGGGAUGGGGAAAUGCAUAUCCACACUGGCAGCAACAGGCUCCUCCUGACCCAGCUAAGGCAGGAACAGAUCCAAACUCAGCGGCUUGGGCUGCUUAUUAUGCUCACUAUUACCAACAGCAGGCCCAGCCCCCGCCUGCAGCUCCUGCAGGUGCACCAGCUGCAACCCAAACUAAUGGACAAGGUAACUACGGGGAUCAACAGGCUCCGGCUCCAGCUGGUCAGGUUGAUUAUACAAAGGCCUGGGAAGAGUACUACAAGAAAAUGGGUCAAGCAGUUCCUGCUCCUGCUGGGGCUCCACCAGGUGGUCAGCCAGAUUAUAGUGCAGCCUGGGCUGAGUACUAUAGACAGCAAGCAGCAUACUAUGCCCAAACAAGCCCCCAGGGAAUGCCGCAGCAUCCUCCAGCACCUCAGGGAUUUGCAAAUCAUGCAAGAAGCCACCAUCAUUUAUAUUAACCAGUUUUUCUUUCUUAAAGGAUUCACUCCUGAAUUAGCUCCAUUUAAAGGAUUUUCUUUAACUUUUUGUGUAUCUCUUAUGUAUCUCUUCUGCACAGGCCCAAUAAUAAGAAGUGGACAAUACAGUAUUUGCUUCAUUGUGUGGGGGAAAAAAACCUUUGUUAAAUAUAUGGAUGCAGACGACUUGAUGAAGAUCUUAAUUUUGGUUUUGGUUUAAAGUAGUGUUUCCCCCCCUUUUUUUUUUUUUUUUAUUUUGAAAAUGUACAAAAUAUCUAUCACUACUGAUAGGAGGUUAAUAUUUCUGUGUAGAAAUGAAAAUUGGUUUGUUUUUAGUCUUUAGUGUAGAUGUACACAUUCCAGCAAAUGUAUUUGCAACUAUUAUGUGGUCGAUGCUUUGUGAUAUAAAUGUACUUUUUCAAUGUAUACUUUCACUUUUAAAAUGCCUGUUUUGUGCUUUACAAUAAAUGAUAUGAAACCUCCUGUGUCGGUAAGUUGGAUAUGUGGGUAAAGGAUUCAGAAUUUCUUAGCAGUGAUAAAUUAAGAUACAUAUACACAAAUAUAUAAGCUUUCCCCAUGAAUUACUGAGUUUUUAAAUACUGGCAUGUUUUUUCCCCCUUGCAGUAUAGUGGUAGAUUGGAGGAUCUUUUCUGUUGUAUUUGGCUAUUUCAGCACAAGUAAUCCUGAUAUCUUCAUUUUUUUCCCCGUCUGUUUGAUUAAAAUCUGCAUGUGUAUACAAUGAUCUUUAGUAUACUUCCAUUGCAUUAACAGUGAAAUUUCCUUUUAUACAUGAGCACUGUUUUCAGACCUGUACUGCUGCUACAACAGUUAACCUUCCUGUUCUUAUUUCCAAGACUGUUUCAGCAUAACUAAUUUUGAACAGUUUUCAGGCAGUGGUUUGAGUAGUUUAUAAGAAGC